AUGUGGGCGUCGAGCCUCACCUCCCCUGCGCUCGGCCGGCAGCGGCUGCGCGCGGCGAAUUGGAUUUCCCAGACCUCUGAGGGCUUUCUUAAGGCCGAGGUCGUCCAUCGGUUUAUCCAUUGGAUGCUCGGAGAAGCGGAGGAUCCGAACGAGGGCGGAAGGGGGGGGGUUCCCGCCGACCACCCGCUUCGCACCCAGCUCCGCGAGCAUGUCGUCGUGCAUCCUCGGCGAGCGUUUCGACGGGGGCUCUACGCCCGACGUGAUUUUCAGGCCGACGAGGUGAUUUUGUCGAUUCCUCUCACCACCUGGGAGGGCGGGGGGGAUGCCAAAACGGGGCUCUCGGAGCGGCCGUGGAGUGGGUUUGCGCUCAAUCUACCAACCCUUCGCGCGCAUUCCGCCGCGGCGAGGCGACGUGGGGUGCUGCCGUUGCAUAUCGUGCGGAAGAUCCUUCUUGUUCGCCGCGCCCCCUCGUUCGAUCCCACCCCUCAUUCGCUUUUUAUUCAACAAGUUCACCUCGCGUUGUACUUGGCGUGUGAAAAGGCCGACGGCGCGCGGAGCCCGCUGUACGAUUACCUCCACCUCUUAGAUGAUUCGGAGACCCCUCACUUUGACGACGAUAACAUCCGCGAGUUGCAUCUCGGCGUGUUGGAUCCGCACGCGCAUCUGGAAUACACCGAUCAUUGCAAUCGCUUUACCCAUUUCCUCCGGGAGCUCCAUAAGGAGUGGUGGCGGCGCUAUCAUGCGGCCCGCGGGGAGGUCGAGACGACGACCUCGGAGGAUCCCGCAAAAAGGGCCGCGCCGGUUGGUUUCAGCUCCCCGGUAGCGCUGCUCUCGGAAGAGUCCAUGGCGAAGCAUCCGCCGCACCCCCCGCUGGAUCAUUUGAUCAACGGAACGGAUGUCGCGAUGAGCCCCACGGCUUCUCCUUCUACGGAACUCCACACACGUAUGGUAAGGGGGGGGAAGGAGGAGGAAGAAGAAGGGGCGAUGCGUAGCGCCCUUGUGGCGUCGUCUUUUACCGAUUCCUCGUUGACUUCGUUGUUGGAGUCUCCGCCGGCGUUGGCGGAUAUCAUUUGGGCAUUCCGAGUGGUUCUUUCCAGGCAGCGCGUGUUGCCGCUCGCACUGCAACAGCCACCCAUGGAAGAGCCCGAUGGCUCCUCCCUUUCUUCGUCUUCUUCUGUGGUUGAGGAAGGCGAGGGGGAUGGCGGAGUGAGGCUCGGGCGUUUCGGUCGCGUGGUGAUGCGCGCAAAGUGGGCGUUUUACCGCCACCUCCUGCGCGCCGUCGACGAGGAUCGUCUCCGUGUGAACGAUGUUGAUCCUGCCGCCGCGGCGACGAUCGUUCCGCUCUUUGAUAUGCUGCAACACGCCCCGGGCGGCCACGCUAACACGACCUUUGCGGUCGAGAUGCUUUCUGAGAGCGGAAGAACCGAAAAGGGGGGUGAAAACGCCAUUCCCCACCUCGUCGUGCGCGCAAGUGAGGCGAUCGAGGCGAUGGAUGAGCUCACACUUCUCUUCCCGAAGUGUUAUUCCGUCUCGUACACGCUCUACCGGUAUGGAUUCCUCCCACUGCACGUGCGCGAGAACGACAUGGCGGCGGCGCUCGCCCUGAGUGGCUUUGGAGGUGGGAAAAACGAUAAAAAUGUGCACUUGAAAGAAGAUGAAGGCACGCAUCGGGAUGAUAGUAAGCAUAUCACCACCACCACCACCACUUAG